CAGCGAUAACCUAAAGUUGACCUUCAGGUGUCUAUAUUUCAAAAUUCUGUACUUUGGUUAACAUGGUAUGGAAUGCCUUUGCUAAGUAUUAUACAGUAUCAGAGUGAUUUUCAGUAUCAUGAAUCAUCUUUAUUUUUUAAUUAAGUCAAAUAUUUAUAUGCUCAUCUUGCAACAUCCCUGUUAACAGGGUGGUAGAAAAUUUUGUCCAUUUUAGGUAGCCACAAUAGGCUCUUUAGGAAAAUGGCGCAAACAUCACAAAAUCCCCCAAAACCUGGAGAUAACCCUAUCUUUCCGGAUCGUUUGUUACUUACUUAAGUGAGCGACCUAUCGGUCAGUUGAUUAAUUCGUUUAUUUAAAUCGAACUCUUUCUCUCUCGCAGUUUCUAUAUCCCAAGUUCUGAGAAUUCUUAUGUCGAUAACUGCUCUGUCUAUAGUUACUGUUUCCAGCAACCGCACUGCAAUGGGACAAACUCAUUCACGUGAAUCAUACGUACGUAUCAUCAGGACAUAUCGGCAUCUGAAAGACCGUCAAAUUGAUUAGAAUUAGUGCAGCCUAGUGGCUAGACUAUCUACAUUAGACCCGAAACUGAACCGUAACAUCUCAAAGAAAUUAGUUGGUUUACACUAGCUGGUCUCGUAGAUUUUGGAUGGCACUUGUUAGUCAAGUGUUUAGUGUGACGGACCAUGAAAUAAUGGUAUGUUAAACGUUAAUAUAUUAACGUUCCACUUAUCUGUCCUAUAAGCUGGGUCAGUUCCUUAAAUAAUUAGGAUUACGAAAUGAUUCUGUAGCAUUUUUCUAUAACAUGAGGAAUAAGUUUUAGCUUCUAACUCUGUUGAACUAGCAUAGUCGAUAAACAACUAGAUGUUUUUGUUGAAAAGUUACUGGAGUACUUGAAGUCAUGUUUGUUGCUAACCGUCAGUUUAAAAUAACUUUAAGAACUACCUGAGGUAUAAGAUGACAUGGACAUAUAACUUCACUGUUCUACAUAUUCAGUUUGUUUCUUAGAUACAUAAGAUUGUUAAUUUACGUUUCACAUGGGUCAAAAGACACACCUAGAUUUCUGAUUGGGUUAAAUCCAGAGUAGGGUUUCUCAUUGGCGCAACUGAAAAAUACUCUGAUGUCUUCAACGUAAUGGGUUUUCUAUAACUCAUCCGUGUGACUGUUGGAUGUAGUCAUUUAGUCAGAUAUAGAUUGCCUGGUUGGGGCUCGCGCAAUCAUUGUAAGUAGUGGUCAGACGCUUCACGUGAUAUGGCUGAAAACGGUUUCCAGUGGCACAUGUGCAUUUACUUUUUUCCUUCCCUUAGAUCCUAAGUCACUAGAUUUAAAAUCUUUUUACGAUUGGACGAAUUCCUAUUCCUUCUGAUAAUAUAUUCUAUGUUUAAACUUCCAUGAUACCAAUUAUCCUGUUACUAUGCUUACCUAUUUGGAAUUAGUUCUGACAAUUUCAUGUCUCUUGGAUAAUAUGAAGUGACAGCUUGAAUCGAGUUUCACACUGCGCUUGACUAGCUAAAUUUACAGUUCACACUUUUAUUUCCUGGCGGAGAGCGAUAACCUCAACAACUAUGAACGCUUCCGGUGAAGUAAAUUAAGGAUUAGCAAUCUUGCAAUAAACAUAAUGGAGUUUUUGGUUUUUAAAUAGUCUGAUUGAUCUUUAGUAUGCGAAUGAACUCACAUUUUCGCACAUUUUUAAUGUCUUUCUGGUGUCAAAAUUAUUAAAUAUAGUCAAAGAAAAAAGGUCUGAGUCUCGAUGAAAAGCGGCAAAGAAUGUUGGAUUUUUUCUACGAGAAAAAGGACUUUUUUCAACUUAAGGAAUUGGAGAGGUUAUGCCAGAAAGAAAAGGGUAUCAACUCUAUGUCUGUAAAGGAUGUGUUGAUGAGCCUUGUUCAUGACGGUUUGGUCGAUACUGACAAAAUAGGGACCAGUGUUUAUUUUUGGGCUUUUCCCAGUAAAGCUGCACAAAAACUUAGAAACAACAUAGAAAAAGUAAUGGAAGAUAUUCAAAAUACACGCAACCAGAUUUCUAAGACAACUAAAGCUUUGGACGAAGCUUUGAUGAAAAGGAAAGAUACAGAAGAGCGAAACAGAGUUAUAAACAAGCUAACUGAACAAAAGUUGUUGCUUGAAUCUCUUAGUGCAGCGCUUCAGAAUUUAAAAAAAUACGAUCCUGACCGUCUGUUAGAGCUAAAACAACAAGAAUUGGUGGCUAUUGACUCCGUUAAUCGUUGGACGGAUAAUAUAUUUAUCAUCAAGUCAUGGUUAAAUAACAAAUUUUCUCUUGAUGAAGCUACAUUUUGUCGCCAGUUUGAAAUACCUGAAAAUUUUGACUAUAUCUCUUGAAUGUUCCAUGUAUAUUAUAGAUUUCCUUAACAAUAGAUAUUCUUUUAUUUAAUAA